UCAAAGUGUAUUCGUAUUGACUGUGCCCGUGAAAAUGCUGCCAGUGAAAAAACGAGUGCUGUUCAAUUAUUUAGUGAAAUUAAAGUGAAAUAAUAUAAAUCGCGCAUUAAAAUGAAAUUUGCCGAACACUUGAGCGCACAUAUAACACCGGAAUGGCGAAAACAAUACAUAAACUACGAGGAAAUGAAGGCUAUGCUUUAUGCGGCCGUGGAGCAGGCUCCCUCCGCAGAGCUCGUCGAUCCGGAGGUGCUGUCGCGUUACUUUGCUAAAUUCGAUGAGCAAUUUUUCCAUUACUGCGACAAAGAGUUGGCCAAAAUAAAUACCUUCUAUUCAGAGAAAAUGGCGGAGGCUACACGCAAAUAUGGCAAUCUCCGUAGUGAGCUUAGCGAGACGCUCGAGAUGGGCACUGUGAAGAAGCAACCGGCUUGGAAGUCCAAGACGCCCUUGGGCAAGAAGAAUGUACCUGCGCGCAAGAUACAGGAUCUCAAAUUGGCAUUUAGUGAAUUUUAUUUGGGUUUGAUUUUGUUACAAAACUACCAGAAUUUGAAUUUCACGGGCUUUCGCAAGAUACUCAAGAAGCACGAUAAGCUCUUGAAUGUGAGCGAUGGUGUCAGGUGGCGUGAGGAGUAUGUGGAGGCGGCGCAUUUCUAUGUCAAUAAGGACAUCGAUCGGCUCAUACAGGAAACGGAGCGCGCCUUCACCAACGACAUUGAGGGCGGCGAUCGACAGAAGGCAAUGAAGCGCUUACGUGUGCCGCCGCUGGGUGAGCAGCAAAGUCCAUGGACCACCUUCAAGGUGGGCCUCUUCUCAGGCGCUUUUGUUGUGCUCUUUCUCACCGUUGUACUGUCGGCCAUAUUUCAUGGCUUCGGCAAGGAUUGGCGCGUCGGUUUGCGUAUGUUUCGCGGCCCCUUUCUCAUCAUCGAAUUCCUGUUUCUGUGGGGUGUCAAUGUCUAUGGCUGGCGUUCGUCGGGCGUAAAUCAUGUACUCAUCUUCGAGCUGGAUCCGCGCAAUCAUCUCUCUGAGCAGAAUAUCAUGGAAGUGGCCUCAGUGUUUGGCGUUAUUUGGGCCAUUUGUGUGCUGUGCUACAUUUACUGUGAUCCACUAGGCAUACCGCAGUAUUCGGCACCCAUUUUCCUCUACACACUAAUGAUUGCAUUUCUGCUCAACCCGACGAAGACGUUUCACCAUGAGGCGCGCUAUUGGGCGGUGCGCGUGCUUAGUCGAGUUGUCAUGGCGCCAUUUUUCUUCGUGACCUUCGCGGAUUUUUGGCUCGCCGAUCAGCUUAACAGUCUUGUGCCGGCCUUUCUUGACAUACCCUUCGUUAUUUGCUUUUUUGGUGAGAAUCCCAACUGGCACAGGACGGGUAACGAUGGCACUACUUGUGUUAGGGACAUCUCCAUGGUGCGUCCGGUUGUCGCUAUUUUGCCGGCCUAUUGGCGAUUCGCUCAGUGUAUUCGUCGCUAUCGUGACACGCGUGAAGCUUUUCCGCAUCUGGUGAAUGCUGCCAAGUACGCAACAUCGUUUUUUGUUGUAAUAUUCUCCUACAAGUUCCAAA